GGUGUGUGCGCGUUUGUGUGCGGGUGUGAUUGUGAGAGUGCGUGCGCAGGCCCCGAGACACUGUUUCCAGCUCGCUCUGCGGACACUGAUCAUGCUGCAUUAAAAAAAAAAAAUUACAUUUCUGGGAAGGAGGCUGCAAAGUUGCGGCCGGGUGACGGCGGCAGUCCCGGGCCGUGUCAUGGCGGGUCGCUUCUCUGCAGCAAGGGACUGGGAUACCUCCGUGGGCGCGGGUUUGCCUUAGCACCCCACUUGGGAGGGGCAAUUCAUUCUGGAAGCGACGGAGCAGGGCCGCAGGGAGGGGGAGCUCUCCCCGUGGCGGCGUCUGCAUUUCGUGUGGUGAAAGGGUGGAGCGGGAGGGGAGAGGGGAGGAGGACCGAGCGUGCCAUUCCAGGCGCGAUCGUGCGGCGAGAUCCCACCCCGGCGUCUGCAGAGCCCGAGGCGCAACUGGUGCUAGGGCUGAGUCCUCGCCUUGCGGCCGGCCCAAGCUCCCCGCCGCCGGGGCUCUGGCCGCGCGCCAACGGGGUGGCUUUUGCAAGGUGGGGGCCUGUUUGCAGAGAGCCGAAUAUUUGCAUGAAGCGACUCGAUCCCACGGAGCAGCGGCAGCAGCGGCGGACCCCGGCGGCGGCGGCGGCGGCGCGCGGUCCGAACCAGGCGGCCCCAGGCCCCGGGCCCCGGUGGAUGCGCUGCCGGGGAGGAGCUCAUGGGCCGGAGCUGAGGCUGCCCGAGGCGUCCGGGCGCUGGGCUGGGGGCGCGGUCGAGGCCCGGAGGCGGCGGCGCCGGAGGAAGCGGAGGAGGUCGGGCGCGCCGGGCCCGGGAGGCCGGCAGCGCAGCGCCGCAGCCCCGGGCUCGCCAUGCUCCUGGCCUCGGCCGUGGUGGUCUGGGAAUGGCUGAACGAGCACGGCCGCUGGCGUCCCUACAGCCCAGCCGUGAGCCACCACAUCGAGGCGGUGGUCCGCGCCGGCCCCCGCGCGGGGGGCAGUGUGGUGCUGGGCCAGGUGGACAGCCGUCUUGCGCCCUACAUCAUCGACCUGCAGUCCAUGAACCAAUUCCGCCAAGACACGGGGACCCUCCGACCAGUUCGCCGCAACUACUAUGACCCGUCCUCCGCCCCCGGGAAGGGCGUGGUGUGGGAGUGGGAGAACGACAACGGUUCCUGGACGCCCUACGACAUGGAAGUGGGCAUCACCAUCCAGCACGCCUACGAGAAGCAGCACCCCUGGAUCGACCUCACCUCCAUCGGCUUCAGCUACGUCAUCGACUUCAACACCAUGGGCCAGAUCAACCGGCAGACCCAGCGCCAGCGCCGCGUGCGCCGGCGCCUCGACCUCAUCUACCCCAUGGUCACGGGCGCCUUGCCUAAGGCUCAGUCCUGGCCAGUCAGCCCCAUGUCUGCCACCUCGUCCCCUGCACCGCCCUGCUCCUGUCCGCAGUGUGUCCUGGUGAUGAGUGUUAAGGCCGCCGUGGUCAAUGGCAGCUCUGGGCCCCUGCAGCCCCCAGCGACCCGCAAGAACAUGCCCCCCUCUGGAGCCGUCAAGCUGCCACCCCCAGCGGGCCUUGGGGCCAAGCCGCUGGACAGCACAGGCACCAUUCGAGGCCCUAUGAAGACUGCCCCAUCUCAGGUGAUCCGGCGACAAACCUCCAGCAUGCCCCCUGGAGCAACCGCGGGCUCCCCUGCCAGCCCUCCGGGAGCCAACGGCAAAACCGGCAGAGUGGCCCUGGCCACGUUGAAUCGGACCAACCUGCAGCGUCUGGCCAUAGCCCAGUCCCGGGUGCUGAUCGCCUCUGGGGUCCCCACUGUUCCAGUGAAGAACCUAAAUGGAUCUAGUCCUGUCAACCCUGCCUUAGCAGGAAUCACUGGGAUCCUCAUGAGCGCAGCAGGGCUGCCCGUGUGUCUCACUAGGCCACCGAAGCUGGUCCUGCAUCCACCGCCUGUCAGCAAGAGCGAAAUAAAAUCCAUCCCAGGGGUUUCCAACACAAGCCGCAAGACCACCAAGAAACAAGCCAAGAAAGGUAAGACCCCCGAGGAGGUGCUGAAGAAGUAUCUGCAGAAAGUCCGGCACCCACCAGAGGAGGACUGCACCAUCUGUAUGGAGCGUCUCACAGCCCCCUCGGGCUACAAAGGCCCACAGCCCACGGUCAAGCCGGACCUGGUGGGAAAGCUGUCCAAAUGUGGCCACAUCUACCACAUCUACUGCCUGGUCGCCAUGUACAACAACGGGAACAAGGAUGGAAGUUUGCAGUGUCCAACCUGUAAGACCAUUUACGGAGUGAAGACGGGCACUCAGCCCCCAGGGAAGAUGGAGUACCACCUCAUCCCCCAUUCCUUGCCUGGCCACCCAGACUGCAAAACUAUCCGAAUCAUCUACAGCAUCCCCCCCGGCAUUCAGGGACCCGAACACCCAAAUCCUGGGAAGAGCUUCAGCGCCCGUGGUUUCCCCCGACACUGUUACCUUCCGGACAGCGAGAAAGGGAGAAAAGUUCUGAAGCUGCUGCUCGUGGCCUGGGAUCGCCGCCUCAUCUUUGCCAUCGGUACCUCCAGCACCACAGGCGAGUCUGACACGGUCAUCUGGAAUGAGGUCCACCACAAGACGGAGUUUGGCUCUAAUCUCACUGGCCAUGGCUACCCAGACGCCAAUUACCUAGAUAAUGUACUGGCUGAACUGGCUGCCCAGGGCAUCUCUGAGGACAGCACUGCCCAGGAGAAGGCCUGAGGCUGGAGGGGCUUUGAGGUGGGAGGGACCGUGGGGACCACAGGACGGAAAAUAGGGUGUCAAGAUACAAGUUGGUGCCUUGAGCUCCAGACUCCCGCAUCUCCCCUGCUGCCCUGUCUCCACGCCCCUCCCUCCCAGCCCCAGGGGGGGGUCAGAUUGAAUAAGGGGACAUCAUUCAUAAACCUCAUCCAGCAGGAAGGGGCCGCCCUGGGUCUGUUCCCAUGCAGUCUGUUCCCAUGGUGCUGGGCAGACAGGAACCCCCUCCCUGCCCCACCUCCCAGGUAGGGGGCCCAUUCUCCUGCAGGGGAUGGUCAGUGUUGGGGCACUCCAUACUCUGGCCUUGUGAAGCCCAGGCUGGGUUGUCUCAGCUGGCUUCUGCCACUUCUCCUCUGCUUCCAGAGUGGAGUUUCCACUAUCCUCUCCUCUGCUGCAGGCAGGGAGCUCUCACUGUGCAAGGUUGGGGGUAAAGGGAUAAACCACUCAACUGCUGUGACAUGAGACACUGGAUGCCCUGGUGUGGAGCGAGGAAUCACUUCUUGCCAUGAGGGCCAGAGAGGCAAAGGAGCAUGCCCAGCUCUCGUCAUCCUUCUCAGCUUCUCCAGGCCCUCCCUGCCUCCUCACACCUUUGACCUAUCCAGAGAGGCAUCUGGUUCUCUUGUGUGGAUAGACAGACUCUGGGAUUCCUUUCUGGGGUAGCAUCCUGGGAUGCUCUUUGUAGCCCCUCUCUGAUCAAACCAGAGCCUGCAUCCCACUGAGCCUCUGAACUGUCCUCAGGGAGAGGGGCCCACAGCCUUCUUCCCAACUCAGCCUAGACCAGCUCAGAAAUUCCAUGAGUCACAUCAAGUCACUGUGAGCAGAGCCCAAGCUGGGCUCUGUGCGCUGUCUGUGUCUGUGAGUGCGGGCCUUGCUGGGCCAGGUUGGCGGAGAAGCUGGCCCCGUCCCUGCACUCUCUUUUGCAAAAUGCCAAACCUCAGAUCUGAUGGGGAUCAAACGGCCAGGCUGUGUUGGUCCUUGGCUUUCCUUACCUUAGCCAACCCAACCCCAUCCCAUAGGAAAUUAGACCCUGAUAGAGACAGAACUGUGCCUGGGGAGAUGUGAGGAGGGGAGGGCUGGAUUGACCCCUUUUUAUAUUUCUUUGCAAGGUUGUAGCAGAGCCAAUCUCUCCAUCCAGUUCUUGUUUUUGUGAGGGCUCCUAUCUGUCUCCAUGCCCAGAAGUGACACUGGGCCUCUCAUGCCCCUCAUCUGUCACAAGUUCGCUCAGAGACCAGAGGGAACCUCUGUGGCUCAUUCCUAAUAGGAUCAGGACCACAAUAUGGUCUGGACCACCCUGCAUCUCAUGUCCCCAGACCCUGUCUGUCUCCAGCGUCCCUCCUGUUCCCAUUAAGGAAUGAAUUGGAGGUCAGGGAGGAGAUGAGGGGGGAUCAAGAAGGGAAACCCAAUUCCCCCUUUGAAAGUGGGUUCUUUGAACUAUGUGUUUGGGGGACGUUCCUCUGGAUACUAAUUUGAAUUUAUAUACCUCAUGUUUUGGGGGUUUGACGUAUAUAUAUGCAUAUAUAUUUCAUUAUACUUGGAAGGUUUUUGAUGCCAGAAAAAUUGAAGCAAAAGAACCUUCAAAAAUGGUACUUAGGUUAGACCUGAGGCCAGGCUUUCAGGAGAGCCAGGUCCAUAGCUGCCCUCCUUGCUGUUGGGCCCACAUACAUUUUGAUGUUGGUGUGGCUGGUGGAUCCACCUGAGUGUCACCUAGUUUCCUCUGACCUGCUGGUGCUGUGUCUUCCCUGGCUUUUCAAAUGGCUAUAGGGAUGUUAGUCUUCCCCAUGAAAGAGAGCUCUGCUUUGAGGAAUGUUUCUGCCCCCUGAGUCCCUGCCAGGAGCCGUUUUAUCUCACCAGCAGACCAGGAGACUGGUCCUGAGCUCGCUGCACCACAGGGCAAUUUCCUGCCACAGUUGGGAAGGAAACACCUGAACUUAAUGGAAGAGACAUCCCUGCAGGUGCCCUUGGCCAAGUCACCACAUCCCAGAGAUCACUGGAGAGCCUCAUUGCAGGCUCAGCACUAUCUCCACACUUAGCGCCCUCACCAAGUAUCCUCCGGGCUUCUCUGCACAGGGGACUGAGAGUCCAUGGGUAGAAAAACACAGUGAGGCAGGAGGAGGUGGGGAAGAAAAGACCGCAUCAGUGUAACCGGACAGCAGGGAGAGGCUGGUUUCCCUGCAGCAGGUGGGGCAGGGGGCCGAGGACCACGAGGGAGCCAGUAGACAGUGGCAAUACCACUCGCAUUGGUGGUCUUCAUCCCUUCACGUCUUCUCCCCUAGGGUUUUGGUAAUGUCUUUGCCUCAUUUCUCUUCUGCUUCACUCUGUAGGGGCCGUCUCAUCCUGUGCCAGUCUUCUUGUGGGACUCUGGGCAGAAGGGAUCUUGAAUUUCCUUUCUAACACUGUGCCAGGCAAGGCGGAGGACAUUCCUUUGCCCCGUCUUUUGUGCCAACCCUGCCAGCACAGCCCUGUGCCUCCACCACUUCAUCACAGGGCAUUUUCCCACGAGAAGACCUGCUGUCCCCCUGGCCCAGAGAGGGCUGGUCCCCUGUCUUCCUUUCCAUGGUCUUAACACCAGCAGCCCAGUUUUUCCCUUCUCUAGUCUCCAAGGAUGGCAAAUGGGAUCGGAGACAAACCUUGUCGAUGCUCACCCCUUAAGGGUUAAUUGUGUACAUGUGGUUGGGCCUUUGUGCUUUCAUUCUCUUCCCUUUUUUUGUAAAAUUUGAACUUCUCUGUGUUUUUAUAUUUGGUCAAGAGUACUUGUCCUGGUAUUGCACUGUUGUGUGCAUGAGAGAUUGGGGGGAAGGACAGUGUGGUACUAGAAAAGACCCCUGCCCCCUUUCCUUGUCUGUGGUCGCUGGCAUUUGAGUGGGGAUGGGGGUGUUCUGGGAGAGGGCAGGUGAAAGUCCUGUGGUAAAAUCGUUCUGUUUGUUAACUGGUGUAGUUCCAAGUCCUUGGUGUUGCUCUGUGGGAGGACAUCGCCACCUGGUGCUCAUGAGGUGUAUGUGCAGAACAAUAAAUGGCAAGUGAACAACCGUGAAUUGUUGAUGUUACUGACCUUCUGCUUUUUGUAAAUUAGGGCACCUGUGUGUGAGGCGUUUGGGUUACUUCCCCGAGUCUGUAAGCAACCACAAGCCCUUCCACUGGAUGGGGGAAAGUCCUCUUUCUCUGUUUUUCUUUUUUUAAUGUAUGUGUUUUAAAUUUUUACAUCUUUUCCACCCACACAUUUGACCUGGUUGGACCCUUUGUUCCCCUAAAGGAACAGACCAGAUGGCUGGGAAAAUGAGCAAGUAAACUUGUGGGAGAAAAACCAUCUUCAAAAUCACGAAUGUUCAUUUCUUACAGAUCCCUUCACCUGACAGCCAUGCAGUGUACAUUUCAAUCAUUCACAGGCUGUUGUUUUUCAAAUAAAUAUUUACUAUUAAUCAUCCUGACACUGAUGAGAACACGAAGGUCAAAUGCAAAUGCACAGCCACCUUUGUAACCCGUCUCUAUCUCUACUUCUGGUAGUCCAAGGAACGUGGUUUUCUUGGAAGCCAGGAUCAUUUUUUCUAUAGACCCCAGCCUAAGAUCACUAAUUAAGAAAGUAGGACUCGGGAAACAAAGCUUGUGAGCGCCUCCAUGAGGGUUCUGACUAUGUACAAUGCCUGUGUGAAUGCAACCUGCCAACUCCACGUUCUGACUGUGUGUGGAUGAGCGCUCAGACGAGCGUUCCUUCGGACAAAUUGUAAUGCACACUAUGCAUAGUCUUGUUAGUAGAAAUAAUAAGUUUAUAAAGAACUUUUUAUUUCUAUGAGUAGUUAGUGCAUUAAAAACCCAGGAAACCUUUGGCCACACUUUGCCUUUCUGACUUACUAAUCUUCAAAGAAUUAAUAGGAAAGUCGGUA